CAGUUGUAGGUCCAUCGUCCCUUGACCGCCGGGUCUGUUGCCCAACGCCUUACACGGGAUAUCCGGACCUCCCCAUCUCUUCAACAGUUCCAACCCGGAGUUACGAAAACAAAAACGUAUCAAGCGGGUACCUUACUUUAUUGUUACCAUCCAUCUUCUUUGUCAGCGAGCGCAAACUCGGAUUGUGGGGGAUGAGCCCUCGGAUGUCGAACCUGAAUGGGGUUCCCUCCAAGACGCCACCCAAGCCGUAGUCUGGACACUACGUACAAGGCUGAGAAGAAAAAAUUCCCCUUGGAACCAAUGACGCGCUCUUCCGAGCCUUGAAACAGUUUCUCGGCCACUUACCCAUACAAGCUCGCAUCAAACUGUACAGUAAUUAUUCGCCUCUGAUUGAUACGCGCCAGCUUUGCGUAAUCUUAGUCGCAUUGCUUGCAAAGCCCUGCGUAAUACCUCGCGCCUCGUCUCGUCACCCAAGUCUCCCCAUCCCUUGACCCUUGCCUCUUUGGCCAAUCCUUCGUCAGCCAUUGGAAACGGCAUCGUCAGCUACGAGCUCGGAUUGCCCUGUCCCAGCAAUCUUGCGAACGUCACGCGUCACCCAACAGCGCUUGGACUGUUUCCAAUUAACAAUCCAUGGUUCCAAUGAGGAAAUUUCGGAUCCCUUACACGGUCCUUCCCCCGCCGUCCACAGUAACACCGGCUUCGGCCUCGACUCUGCCCGGCGCCGUUGAAGCCCUCCGUCGGUUCUUCGCCGCUCCGUCGCCGGCACAUCUCCCCUCCUCGGCCGUUGUCCUCACCGGCGCUGGUCUUUCGGUCGCCUCUGGUCUUGCCGACUAUAGAGGGGACAAGGGCACUUACAGAGUCAACAAAACAUAUCGCCCCAUUUACUAUUAUGAGUUUCUAAACAACCACGAAUCCAUUGUCUGCACGACAUGUUCUACCGAAUAUUCGCGAGAUGAGUUUCAACAGGACCUGGCCCGUCUUAAUCCACGAUGGGCCGCUCUGCUAAAUGACGCCCUCGCUUCGGGUGCUCUAGAUACAGAAGAUCCUGAUGAGCGGAGAUUCAAGGGAAUCAAAAUGAAUCCCGAUGGUGACGUUGACUUGCCCGAUGCUCCUUAUACAACCUUCAGAUAUCCAUCAUGCCCCAAAUGCUUAUCCAGCCCGCCCAUAAACGCAGACGGCCAUCGACAUGUCGUUGAUGUCGACUCUGACGGAGCUUGGGUACCCCCCAGCACCGCAGGCGUCUUGAAGCCUGCCGUUGUCAUGUUUGGGGAGAGUAUCGACAGUGGUGUUAAGCACGCCGCUGAGGAAGCCAUCGACAGUGCCGGGAAGCUGCUUAUUGUAGGCACCUCGCUCGCUACGUACUCGGCUUGGAGGCUUGCCAAAAGAGCUCAAGAUCGAUGUAUGCCCAUUGCUGUCAUUAGCAUGGGUGGAAUCAGAGGCGAGGAUAAGCUGUUUGUCGACAUAGAUCCGAACCAACAGGGCGAGCAAGGUGUGAGGGUUGCUUUGUCGACAGAUGACCUUCUCCCGGCUCUACUCUCGGCACUGCGUAAUGAUGUGCUUCCGUCGUCAAGGAGAUCGGCCUCAUUGGAAGCGUCGAUAGGGAACCCCGGUGUCUUUAAGGACAUGCUGUCUUAAGCCUUGCAUAUUUGUACAACAGCUCAGCCAAGAGGAUAGACGAAUAGCACUUAGAAGAAAUUCCCCAG